CUUAGCUAUCCCAGUAGCUUAUUCCUCGAUAAAUCUAAUAGGAUAGCGAGAAAAGCGCAUAUAAAAUCAAAAGGUCGUGUUGUUGUCUUGAUCUAAAAUUAAUUUCUUGUAAGUGUGUGUGUAGCGAGGAGCAAUUUGUGUUGUAGUGUGUGUAAACGUCAAAAUUCUUGGAAUCAGCAGUAGCGGACGUAAAGCCGCUCGAUACAGGUUUACAUGUAUUAACUAAAGACUGAAGUUUGGGAAACAAACACUUUUGCAGUAUUAAUCGAGGGAUACAUUUGGUCCAAGAUGUCGCUGUGGGCGAGGGCUCAGCAGCUACCCCAGGAGAGCUUGCAGAAGGUACGGGCUAUCUAUGGCGAUCAUUUUCCUAUUGAGGUCCGCCACUGCUUGGCGCCGUGGAUCGAGAGCAAGAUAUGGACGGCAGAACCCGAAGAGCAGCAGCGUUUCUUCGUGGAGGAACUAGUGCAGGAGAUCAAGACGACAGCCGAGCUGAUGCUGUCUCCUGACAUGUUCGUCACGAAGAUGAAGCUGUUCGAGGCUGCCAAGGCCUUCCACGCGCAGUACAGCCACGCUCCUCACGAGCUAUACGCUUACAUCCGGCGUUGCCUGGCACUGGAGAUGGAGGUUAUUCAGAGCGCUACCCAAUAUGUGGCCCAACCACACACUGAGAGGAAAUACAGCGAGCUGCUGACAGACCUGCAGACCGUCCGUCAAAAGGUGACGAUGGUCAGCGAAGAAAUACGCUCACUGCAGGCCCAUAACGAAUCGUUCUCGCUUCAGUACCACGAGUGUCUCAAGAACAAAGGCCACAUCCAGUACUUGCAGUCUUCUGGGCAACUGACCAAUGAGCGGCGCGAGCUGGAGGCCUGCCUCCGAAGCCAGAUCGAGGAGAUGGAGAGGAAACUUAAUGCUUUGGUGGCUCAAAUCAAGCAAGCCCAGAUGGAGCUGGUGGAUCAUAUAAAGGAGAACAUCGCUACUCUACGUCAGCUGCAGAGCAUUGUGCUGGAUGACGAACUUAUCAGAUGGAAACGUGAGCAGCAGUUGAGCGGCAAUGGACACCCCAUGCAAUCCAACCUGAACUCAAUCCAGGAGUGGUGUGAGAUGCUGGCUGACCUAAUCUGGACCACCCGCCAGCAGGUGAACAACGCAACGCGCAUCAACAGCAAGACCAUCAUACAGCUGCGUCAGCCGCACCUCGAGGAGAUGCUUGAGGAUAUGGGCAAACAGGUGACCAGCCUUCUGUCCACUCUCGUGACUUCGACCUUCGUGAUCGAGAAACAGCCGCCGCAGGUUAUGAAGACCAACACACGUUUUACGGCUACAGUCCGGCUGCUUGUCGGAGGUCAACUCAACGUGCACAUGACACCUCCCAGAGUCACCGUGGUGAUAAUCUCGGAGCAACAAGCCCAGCUGCUGCUAAAGAGCGAGUCUCCAGCCGGUCGCGGCAAGCAGCCCGUGGAGUGCGGCGAGAUCCUCAACAACAGCGGCUGCAUGGAGUACCAGCCCACCAGCCGUCAGCUCAGUGUUAGCUUCCGGAAUAUGCAGCUGCGUAAAAUCAAGCGAGCAGAAAAGAAAGGCACAGAGAGCGUGAUGGACGAAAAGCUGACUCUCUUGUUCCAGUCCGAGUUCAACGUGGGCGGUGGCGAGCUCGUAUUCCAGGUGUGGACGCUGUCCCUGCCGGUGGUGGUGAUCGUGCACGGGAACCAGGAGCCGCACGGCUGGGCCACGGUCACGUGGGACAACGCCUUUAGCCCCGCCGGCCGAGUGCCCUUCGCUGUGCCUGAUAAGGUGACGUGGGGUCAACUAGCUGAAACCCUUCGAGUCAAGUUCUACUCCGCGACGGGAGGUGAUCUUUCCGAAGAUAACUUACGGUUCCUGGCUGAGAAGAUAUUCAGCAGAUCGAACGUGCCCCACAACCAAAUAGAACUGAACAGCCUAACCGUCUCCUGGAGCCAGUUCUGCAAGGACGCCCUCCCUGAGCGCAGCUUCACCUUCUGGGAGUGGUUCUACAUGGUGGUCAAGGUCACCAGGGACUAUCUGCGGACCCUGUGGGUCGACCGAUUGAUAAUGGGUUUCAUACAGAAGAAACAAGCAGAAGACAUGCUCUCUAAAUGCGCUCCGGGCACAUUCUUACUUCGCUUCAGCGACUCUGAGCUGGGAGGCAUCACUAUCGCUUGGGCUGGAGAUGGUCGCGAAGUUUUCAGCCUCCAGCCGUUUACGUCACGCGAUCUGACCCAACGACCUUUAGCUGACCGGUUGUCUGAUCUGACACAGCUGCAGUACUUAUACCCUAAUGUGGCUAAAGAUGAUGUGUUCUCCAAAUAUUACACGAAACACGAAAACGAAAUGUUAAAGAACGGCUACGUGAAACCAGUGCUAGUGACCACCCUGCCUCCAUACAUGUCGCCGUCGCCGUACGCGCACUCGCCGGACAGCCAGCGGAACACCCCGAGCGUUCAGAGCAGCUACCUGAGCGCCGCGACCCCCGCGCUGACGGAGAGUUCCUUUAUGGACAGCGACCUGUUCGAGCAAAUCCGAGCCUUCGAGCCGGACAGCAUGGACGACUUCAGCUUCUACCAGGGCAACAUGUCCAACAUGUCCAAUUCCAACAUGUCCAACAUGACCAACAUGUCUAACAUGCGGGAGUAAGAUGCCAGAUUGAGAAAAGAAUUUAAAUUGAAGAUUUAGUUUCACGGUGAAAUGAAAUUUUGCAGUCAAUUUUAGCUUAAAAUGUAACCAUUCAUAGUCUAUGUAGAAUCCGUGCCAUAGAGUUCAAACAUAUUUACAAAUUAUUAGUUUUAUUUGAAGCUUUUAUUAUAUUUAAAUUAAAUUAUGUAUACCUUAUAUAAAAUACGGAAGAUAAUUUGAUAUGCAAUUGUAGGCCAUUUUAUUUUUAAAUAGUAAAAGUGUAAAGUGUUAUGAAAAUGUAGAAAUAAUACUAACAUUAUACGUAUAUUUAGUUGGGAUAUUGACCAACAGGCAGGAUCCCAAAAUAAGGUGUAUUUUUAAUAUUUUCUUCAGAUUUUUUAAACGGCCUAAAGUGCAGAUUUGAAAAUAAAAUGAUUAUUUUGACGUAUAUUACCAUGACUUAAACCUAUCAAGGUAUAAAAACGUUAUUGUAAAGAAUUUUUUUUGGCCCUGUUUAAAAACUGCAUAUUUUUGACCAAGUUUUCAUGACAUUUAAUAGCAUUUAGACGGUAAAAUGCAAAUGUAAAAUUGAUUUUUACUUUUAUUUUAUAUAAAAAACCAGUUUUUAAGUGCAAUUUUUACCAUUUUUUUUUAUAAAAAACGAAAAUAAUAUAUACUUUAUAUUACUUAGUUACAUUUCCUCCCUUCGCACAUUAAGUAAGAAUAUAUACAAAAACACAUUGGAAAACCCAACACAAUUAAAUGACAGUCCAACCAUACUAUUCUUGAAAUCAGUGUAUUAUAUAUGGCUACAGUAUGGGGUUCUUCAAAAAAGGAGUGUACAGGUUUUUAAAGGGUCGGCAACGCGCGUGUAAUAUCUCCGGUGUUGCAGGCGUCCAUAGCCUACGGUAACUGCUUACCAUCAGGCGGGCCGUAUGCUUGAUUGCCACCGACGUGGUAUAAAAAAAAAGUAUACACAUACGAAAUUUCUAUUUUUUUUUAAUUUUGAUUAUCCUAGUGCUUCAAGGCCUAUCACAUUUUUUUUAUUUCUUGGGAUUAGUUGUCAAGCGGACCUCAGGCUCCCAUGAGCCGUGGCAAAAUGCCUGGAUAACGCGAGGAAGAUGAUGAUGAUCAAAUUUGUAGAUUCUUUUUUUUUUAUCCUAGUGCGUCAAGUCAAGGCCCAAUGCCCAUCACUAUUUUUUUCUGUUGUAGGGGUUACAAAGUGUGAUAUUCUAAAAGUAACAUUUUUGCAAUUAAUUAGAGACUUAUUAAAAUACUUUAGAUAACAAUAUUUAAUCGUCUUUGGUAUUCCAUAAACUGCAGGCGGGCCCGAAAAUAAGUGUUUUUUUUUCAAUGUGCAUAUUGCUGAUGUUUUUUUUAACAAAUUUUUGAGUUUGUAUAUUAAAGCCAAAUAAUAUGUAAUUAAAGGAGAAUGUUUUGAAGAUAAUGUAUUUUUUUCAGUUAUACGACUGUAGUUUUAAUUUUUACAUAAUUUUUUAAAACACGUGUAAGUAAGAAAUGUAUUCUAAUAUGUCUGUUAGUCUGUCUCUAUAUCUAUUGUUCUAUGUAUACUGAACCAGACAUUUGUCACUGUCAUAUUUUGUCAAUUCCUCAGCAAGGAUUAUGUGAUUUCGGCCUGCGAUAUGAAAAUAUAUUAUUACCUAUAGAUACGUACAUUUAAAUGUAAGAUUAUACAAAAUAUUAUGCAUUUUAAAUUAAAUUAAAGUUUUCGCAAUUUUAAAUGUUACAUUUAAAAUGUAAUAGGAACGUGUUUAUUAUAAUAUAGAUAUAAAUGAGUGUUGCUUACUGCAAUUAUUUUAUCUGCAUCUAGGUAUUAAUAUGGGGUUAUAAACUAUACGCCAGCUGCAGCUGACGUACUAAAAACCUUCCAGAAUAAAACUAAUAAUAGUUUUUGUGGCACACCCUUUGUCUCAUUUACAUGUCUAUCAAGUACUUAUAAUUUUAAACUAAGUCCCAACUUAGUCGCGUAAAAAUCUUACGUUUAUUUAUGGCCUGACGUUUCGAACGUGACGUUACGUUCGUGGUCACAGGCAGACACAAUAUAUCAAGUACUUGUAACCUUUCUAAUGAGCCUAAACUCCUUUGCUAACUUCCGUCUGCAUCAGCAGAUCAGCUCCAUAGUAGCAUAUUAUUGCAUUGUCACCAGAAUUAAGGAAGUUUUCCAAAUUUCAACUAUUACGCGCCUAAAAGUGUGUAAAAACGACAACUAUGUUUUCAAGUCGCCCUUAUCGAAGGCGCUCAUUUGCCUAGGGAUCCCAUUUGCACGUCCUCAUCAGGCGAAUUCGCCAUUUGCGAAACGUUCGCUAUCUGUUCGCGUGCAUUUCGAAUUCGCGAAUGGGUCUUAUUAACUCCAUCCACCACAAACCGAACACCCGGCGUUAGCAGCGUCCGGACAGUUUUAACCCAAUUAUAGAAUUGAAGUAUUCUAUGUAUUAAAGUAACAUGAGUUUUAGCCCACUCACAGAAUUCGUCCCUUGUCAUUUGUAGUGAGUAUUUGACCAAGCACAGUAAUUUAAAAGGAAAGACAAGUAAAUAAUACCUUAAUAUUAUAUUCUUAAUAUAGACUUGUUGCUGUGACAUAAAAAUGUUUUAGUCACCUUUGGUUUAAUACAAGGUGUAACAAAAAUAGUGAGAAUUCGUGGCAUUUUCGGUAAUUCCGUAUCGUGUUCUGAAUAGGAAAAAAAUAUUUUAUGGGUCAGGUUAAGCUUUUAAAGUACACAAAUUUUUCGUGUCAAAAAAGUUUUUCUUCUAAUUUUUCCUAAUUAAAACACGAUGCCGAACAUCUUAAACAUAUCUCCACUAACCUUGUAUAUUUUUGGAUUUGUAUUAGCAAGUUUUAUAGAGUCGAUUUAGGGACAUUAUUUUUAAUCAGAAAUCGGUAUUGUUUACUUGUCUUUGUACAAAGAGCCUUAAUGUUAAAGAUAGGAAGGAAGAGGACCACAAUUAUAAAUAUGUCAAAUUAUAUUGUCAAAAUUUGCGAUUCUUAUUUGGUGCAUUUGUGAUAGAACCUUACCAUCAUUUGUAUUGUAUUGUAUUGAUGUAUUGAUAUUUAUAAUUAUACGAAGAAAGGUUCUGAAAUUGUCAAAUGAAAAUACACUAUGUAUUGUCAAAAUUAACGUUUAAUUUAACAAAUAUCCGAUUUGUGAUACUUGUGGCCUUACUCAACUUUGUUUCAUGAAUUAAAAAUAAAUGUUGCUUAUGAA